AUGAGGAAAAGAUCUUCACUUCAUCUCCGUGGAAGGAGGCCCACGAGAGACUGUUGGCUUCACAGCCACAAGCGAGGACGGGGAGAUGGCGGCCACGUUCUCCCACGUGGAUAG